AUUGUUCCAGAGAAGCUGCACCUCUUCCUGUGAGCAGAUAUAAAGAAGCGACCGCAUGUGAGAUGUUCAGAGAGACGGAAGAGAGACGACGCUCUACCUAAACUAUUCCCAACAUAAUAAAGUAUACGUAUAUCUAUAAAGUAUCUCUCUCUACGGGACAUGGAUCACCUGCUGCUGCUGUUCAUGUUGCUGUGGAGCUCAGGACUCCAGGCUGCAGGAGAACUCUCAACAGAGCCUUACAGACUGGUGGGAGGAGAGAGUCGCUGUGCAGGGACUCUGGAGGUGAAACAUGAGGGAGAAUGGAGACCAGUGUGGGGCUAUGACUCUCCCUGGACCCUGAAGGAAGCAGGUGUUUUCUGCAAACAGCUUGACUGUGGCUCUGCUGUUUCUGUGCGAGAGAGAAAGGAGUCCUCAGAGAGACCUGUGUGGUGGAUCAGCUCUCUCUGUCUUCAGUCUGGAUCUGCUCUGAGGGAGUGUGCAGCAUCAGUUUCCUCUCCCUCCAUCGUGACUCUCACCUGCUCAGACUCUGUCAGGCUGCUGGGGGGGACCAGUCUGUGCUCAGGCAGACUGGAGGUGAAGUCUAACCAGUCUGACCCGUCCUGGUCCUCAGUGUGUGAGGCUGACUUUGACCAGCAGGAUGCUCAGGUGGUCUGCAGGCAGCUGGGCUGUGGGGCUCCUUCAGUCCUCCAGGGGGCGCUCUAUGGAGAAGGGGAGGCUCCAAUGUGGACCAAAGAGUUCCAGUGUGGAGGCCAUGAGUCUGCUCUCCUGGACUGUAGCUCAGCCUCAGAGAGAAACACCUGCUCACCUGGCACAGCUGUUAGCCUCACCUGCUCAGAGCCGGUCAGACUGGUGGGAGGAGAGAGUCGCUGUGCAGGAGACCUGGAGGUGAAACAUCUGGGAGACUGGAGACCAGUGGGGGGCUAUUACUCUCUCAAGACCCUGAAGACAGCAGGUGUUGCCUGCAGAGAGCUAGACUGUGGCUCUGCUGUUUCUGUGAGAGAGAGAGAGUCCUCAGAGAGACCUGUGUGGGGGAUGAGACCUUCCUGUGUUCAGUCUGGACCUGCUCUGAGGGAGUGUGCAGUAUCAAGUUCCUCUUCCUCCACCCUGACUCUCACCUGCUCAGACUCUGUCAGGCUGCUGGGGGGGACCAGUCUGUGCUCAGGUAGACUGGAGGUGAACUCUAACCAGUCUAACCCGUCCUGGUCCUCAGUGUGUGAGGCUGACUUUGACCAGCAGGAUGCUCAGGUGGUCUGCAGGCAGCUGGGCUGUGGGGCUCCUUCAGUCCUCCAGGGGGCGCUCUAUGGAGAAGGGGAGGCUCCAAUGUGGACCAAAGAGUUCCAGUGUGGAGGCCAUGAGUCUGCUCUCCUGGACUGUAGCUCAGCCUCAGAGAGAAACACCUGCUCACCUGGCACAGCUGUUAGCCUCACCUGCUCAGAGCCUUUCAGACUGGUGGGAGGAGAGAGUCUCUGUGCAGGAGACCUGGAGCUGAAACAUGAGGGAGAAUGGAGACCAGUGGGGGGCUAUCCCUCUCUCAGGAACCUGAAGGAAGCAGGUGUUCUCUGCAGACACCUGGACUGUGGCUCUGCUGUUUCUGUGGGAGAGAGAGAGUCCUCAGUGAGAUCUGUGUGGAAGAUCAUCUCUGCCUGUGUUCAGUCUGGACCAGCUCUGAGGGAGUGUGCAUAUUCAGCUUCCUCUAUCCACAUUGUGACUCUCACCUGCUCAGGCCACCAGGGGGCGGAGGCCGAGCCGACAGGAGGACAUUGAGCUGGAUAACCUGGGUGUUCCUGCAGAAGAGGAAGGAGCUCAGAGAGCAGAGUAGCAGCUCCAAAGACCUCCUCACGCACGCACGCAAGCACGCACGCACGCACGCACACACACAGACACACACACACACACACACCAUCCAUAUGUCUUUUCUGACUUCCUGUCAGCUCCAAGCCCAUUGGUUCCUUCUGAAGACGUAGAUCUUUAACAACAACUCACACAUUUGGUUGAAUUUGUAAAGUCAAAGCAGUCGGUGCAGUUUGAAACCAAAGACACAGCAACCCCGGCUGAAUAAUGUCAUAUAUUUAAUAAAACUAGUGAAAUCUGCAUUGCAAUACCUGAUGCCAAUGAAUCCAGAGAGAACAGGAGAAAUGUGUUACAGCGCCACCUGCUGGUGGAUUUGAGCACAUCGAGAGUUGGUGUUUUUCAUUUCUUUUUUUAUUUCAACAAGCAUUCAAAGCUCAGUUUUAUAAAACCUGAUGUUUUUCACACAAAUUAAGAGCUUCACUUUAGCGUUCCCUUGUUGUUGACAUGACUGUUUUUUGGUCUGAGAAGUUUAGCCCAAAAUGUAGCUUAACAUUAAUAUUAUAAUAUAAUUCAAAACAAAAAUUAAUACUCUCAAUGCUUCUCGUGUUUAAGGAUCAGUGUUUCCCAUACAUUGAGAAACAUUGGGUGCCCCCACAAAUAGAAUCAAAUUCUGUGGGAAACACUGAGGAUUUCAUACAUAUUAAAUCAAGAAAAAAAAAAUAUUUCACAAGAAUUACCUUUGAAGUAAUUUGUUUUAAUUGAUUGUAAUUUGGUAAACAAAAUAGUUUUUUGUAUUAAAUGAUGUCCUAUUUACUGUGCUUAGUUUUGUAAUUAAUAUUUGAGCUUAUUAUAUAUCGUUAAGGAUUUGUUUUAUUUGAGUUGUAAUUCAUUUUGAUAUGUUGUGAUUGUGAUUGUUAAGAAUUCUUAUUCUUAUUAUUGUAUUUUGCCAUUUUCCUUAAAUCCAUUUAAGACCAAGACUUUGGCUUCUGAUUUAGUAAUUAAAACAUCCUCCUAACUUACAAGUAUUCUGCCUCGUGUGGUAAUCAGCUGUUGGGCUUGCAUUUAAUAAUGAUUGCCAUGAACAUUUCAUAAGAUUCAAUCAAUUUCAUAGUUACGGAUUGUUCUCAUUGAUUAAGAAUGAUGCUUCAUUUUGUGAACAAAUAUUGAGCUUUUUGCCUUUAUCUUAUAAGUUUAUGCAUUAUGUAUUUUUGUGUUGUAUCACACGUUGUCUACUAUGUGACCAAAAAAACAAUAAAACUACUUUAAUAAUCCA